UUAUAUUAAAUCUUUAUGAAAAACUUCCUAAUUUACUUGGAAUUCGAGAUAUUUCUAUUAAAGAGAGUUAUGAAUUAAUUAAAUAUGAAGAUGAAAAUACUGGUUAUCUUGAUAUUGCACCUGAAGGGCCAGAUUCUGAAGCAUUCAAGCUUGCCAAAGAAAGAUUAAUUGAUUAUAUGUGGUAUGAAAAUCAUAGUCCAGAAGGAAUGAUGAUGAGUGGUACAAAUGGUACUCAAGUUUGGGACACUGCGCUUGCAGUCCUUGCCGUAAUUGAAGCAGAUGAUCCUUCAAAUCACCAAUCAAUGAUACAUGCGCUCGAAUUUUUAAAUAAUGCACAAAUAAAAAAGAAUCCCAAAGAUAAUAAAAGAUGUUAUCGUGAGAACACAUUAGGUGCUUGGGGUUUUAGUACUCGUGAACAGGGAUAUAAUGUUUCAGAUUGUGCUAGUUUAGGUAUCAAAGCUGUACUUGAACGAUUUUGUCAGACCAUUGAUAUAUUAUUAUCUAUGCAAAAUACUGAUGGAGGAUUUGCUAGUUAUGAGCGUACUAGAGGUCUAAAAAUUCUUGAAUGGUUAAAUCCUGCAGAAGUUUUUGGAAAUAUUAUGAUUGAAUAUAGUUAUCCAGAAUGUACAUCUUGUGUUUUAACAGCUCUAAAUACUUUCCAGAAAUGGUAUCCUGAUUAUAGAGCUGAUGAAAUUAAGCAAAUUACCAAAAAAGCAAUUGCAUACUUACAUAAUUCUCAAGAUGAAAAUGGAGGCUGGUAUGGUUCUUGGGCUAUUUGUUAUACAUAUGCUGCCAUGUUUACUAUUCAAUGUCUUGAAAGAUGCGACUUCUUGAUUUCUAAACAAAUGGAUGAUGGUGGUUGGGGUGAAUCCUAUAAGUCAUGUGAAGAAAUGGCUUAUAUACACCAUGAAAACUCACAAGUUGUAAAUACUGCUUGGGCAUUGCUUGCUUUAAUGGCAGGUAAAUAUCCAAAUGAGGAACCAAUUCGACGUGGUAUUCAGCUUAUCGCAUCGCGACAAUUGCCAACAGGUGAAUGGAAGCAGGAGGCUAUAGAAGGAGUAUUUAACAAGAAUUGUGCAAUUAGUUAUCCAAAUUAUAAAUUUAUUUUUACAAUUUGGGCAUUAGGCAAAUAUGCCAAAAUUUACAAUAAUCCUUUAAUUUUCUAG